CUGAACCCGCGCGUCGCACGGUUGGUACUUUUCUCCGGUGUUCGUGUCGUCGCGCGCGCGCUCUCUCUCUCUCGACCGUUCGUUCGUUUGUUCCUUCGUUUCGCGUAACCGUUUCGCACUCCGUUUCUCCUAGCUCCGUCUUUCUGAGCUCGCGUUCAGUGAGAUUCGCCCUCUCCUCCGUUCCCUCCGGGACUGACCGUCCAUCCGUUCAUCUAUCCGUCAUCAGUCCGCCCGGAGGUGUUUAAUCCGAGGGGAAGCAGGAGCACACCACGGACCGGAGACUCCGCUGGACAGCUCGAGAUACCCCCCUUAGAUUUUCGACGACUCCUCUCCCACGACGUCCCAGCCGACACAACGCCGACGCGAAUCUCUCCUGCAUGAUCUCGUACGACGUACGACGUGCAUCGUACGGUAGGGAACGCACGAGAGACGGCAGCGGAGCGACGAGGAUGUAGCCCGCGAGGGUGGCUGCUGCUGCCUUUCGACGAGAAAGAGAGGGAGAGAGAAAGAAAGCGAGUUUAUACGAGUUUGAAAUCGACGAUGAUGACGCGCGCGGUACAGGGAAGAGGAAUUGACCGAGGGAAGAGCAGAGCAGUCUAGAAGAGAGAGAAAGAGAGAGAGAGGUAGAUAGAUUAGAAGGAAAAGGAGAGAGAGAGAGAGAGGGACAGAGAUCUCCUCCGCGAGGAGGGAAUGCGCCGGAUGUUAUCGCGAGAGACGCCGAGACUGAUAAAAACACUGCCAGGAGUAAUGACGAGCUAGAUCGCUCCGUCCGCUGAACCGUUCCGUCGAUCUUAGCUUUCGCUCCACGCCAAUCCUCCCCCUCCCGCGUCCCUGCUCACUCGCAGACACACACACACACACACCGUACGUUAACACGCGGCGUCCCUUCUACCAGCACGUACCCUCGAGAUCAAAGACUGAAAAUAAAAGGUGGCGACAAGCAUGUUGGGCGUGAGUCAGCCGGGCAACACGCCCUCGAGCUUGCGGCAUUCGGCGAGCUUCUCCUGCUUGCAACGCGGUACCGCCGGCGAGGGUCAUCGUGCGAGGACCUCGACGUUGCUGCAGCAGCAGCAGCCGAGUCUGCAGCUGAGCGGCGGCGGUCAUCAUCAGUACACGUCCGGUCAGGGCGCGCACUCUCUGCUGCUGCAGCAGCAUCAGUCUCCGGGCGGUGCUCGGGUGCAUCGCGAGACGCUCGAUCCCGUUCAUCAGGACGGCAACGAUUACGGCUUCGUGAGGAUCCGGCCGCGAUUGCGCAGCACGAACGCGACCUUGUACCACGAGGAAGAGGUGGCGAGCGCGAAGAGCGCGCUGCGCGACGCCGCGGCGUUCAGCGACCGGGAGUGCGACUCCUCCAACUUCAGGGACUGCACGCUGAAGGUCAAGGAGCGCGACCUCUCGCCGAAGGGGACCGGCAAGAAUCAGAAUCCGCUGCGCGGCGCGUUGAUACUCUUCUCGACGUCCUCCUGGUGGAAGGCGCGCCAACGGGAGGAACAGCUGAACGGUGGUACCGUCGCGCCUUCCUCGGAGAGGAAGUGGUCGAGCACCUCGAUGGCGUCGCCGUCGAACGAGAGAAAGUGGCAGCCCAGCUCGAUGACGUCGCCCACCAACGAGCGGAAAUGGUCCGUGGGUAACAGCCUGCUGACCUCACCGUCCAACGAGAGGAAGUGGACGAGAUCGUCGGUGUCGUCGACGAGCCAGCAGGACCGGAAGUGGCGGUCGCUCGGCGCACUUCUGAGGACUCCCGGCAGCUCUCACGCCAGUCAGAACUGUUUGUCGCACAAUAUGAGCGUCUCGAUGAUCGAGGGUGAACACUUCCGCGAGGAGCCGCGCGGCAAGGCGCGUUACCAGCAGCCGACCUCGUACUCGGCGCGCGUCUCCAGAGUCAGUAGAGACGUCUACAGAGAGAGCACGGAGUUCGGCCAGGUCGGUAGGUCGAAGGUCAGUCGCAGGCUGUAUCAGGACAGCGAGACGACCGAUCGCGAGUUGGACGAGGGCCGGCACGCGCCUCGCAAUCGGCAUCAGCUGAUCGACGAUCCGGAGUGCAGGGGCAACAAUCGCGAGGUCUGCAGACCGUCCGUCGCGGAGCAGACGGAAAGUCGCGGCACGACCGCCUCCACCAGGUCGAGCCGCGCCCAGAGCUUCUAUCUGCUGGACGACUUCCUGCGGCCGCAGCCGCAAACGAGCGGCAAGUGCAUGCUGAAUCUCUAUCUGUCGCCGGCCGCCGGCAAAUCGGCCGGCAACAGCGCCGGUGAACAACAACACGGCAGGUCGUGCGAGGUGAGGCAGGCCUGCCAGGCGAACGUCAGCAACAUCACGCCGCCGCGACGCCACAAUUCGAGCUCGGACAGCCUCGAGGUAGCCACCAGUCCGCUGCCGCCGCCGGUGCCGCCGCCGCCGCCCCAGGCGAACGCCCAGAGGGAGCGUAAUGAGAACCCGAAGGACAGUAAGGACGUGUGCCCGUGCAAGCUCUGCUGGACCAAUAUGCAGAGGUCCUUCGUGGAAGAGAGUCCUGGAACGUUGCACAAAGAUGUCGGCGGCGCUGGUACGAAGGUCAGCGAGAAAACGGUCGGCGGUGUCGGCACGGCGACCCUCACCACGCUCUCCUCCAUUAAUAACGCAUCCAACACCGGCCGAAACAAAAACAACCCCGUAUCUCACGAGAAGUUGCCGUCUUUCUUCAACACGAAGCCGGCGCGCGGAGUGGAUAAAACGGACAACAACAAUGCCAACAAUUCCAACACGAGCAACAAUAUUCACAAUAUGCCGCUGCACGAACCCCUCAGCGCUACUUCUCACGAAGUAUACGCUGGGAGACUGCCAAUGACACCCCAGGAAGCGGUGAAGUACUACGGCUCCAGACUGACAGAAUUCGAGCGCGCCGAGAUCGAGAAGUACUCGGAGAUCUGGUAUCUGGGCCUGUCGGCCCACAAAAUCCACGGCGAGGAAGUGUCCUCGCAAAACGGCGGCUACGACGACGAAAAUGGCAGUUACAACAAGGUCCUGCACGAUCAUAUCUCCUACAGAUACGAGAUACUGGAGGUGAUCGGCAAGGGGAGUUUCGGCCAGGUGAUUCGAGCGCUGGAUCAUAAAACGGGACAGCACAUCGCCAUCAAGAUUAUCAGAAACAAGAAGAGGUUCCAUCAUCAAGCGCUCAUCGAGGUGAGAAUCCUGGAGCACCUGAGGAAGAAGGACUUGGAGGCGAACUCGUCGCACAAUGUGAUACACAUGCUCGAGUAUUUUUACUUCAGGAAUCACCUGUGCAUCAGCUUCGAGUUAAUGAGCUUGAAUCUGUACGAGCUAAUCAAAAAGAACAACUACCAGGGAUUCAGUCUGAGCCUAAUCCGCCGUUUCGCCAACUCGUUAAUUAGCUGCCUGAGACUGCUCUAUCGAGAGAAUAUCAUUCACUGCGACUUGAAGCCGGAGAAUGUGCUGCUGAAGCAACGGGGCAGCAGCUCGAUCAAAGUCAUAGACUUCGGCUCGUCGUGUUACAGUCACCAACGCGUGUACACGUAUAUACAAUCCAGGUUCUACAGGAGUCCGGAAGUGAUCCUCGGUCUUCCAUACGGCACGCCGAUCGAUAUGUGGAGCCUAGGCUGCAUCUUAGCCGAGCUGUACACGGGAUACCCGCUGUUUCCGGGCGAGGACGAGAUAGAACAGCUCGCCUGCAUCAUGGAGGUCCUUGGUCUGCCGCCUGAGCACAUUAUCAGUCACGCGUCUCGUCGCAGGCUCUUUUUCGAUCAAAAAGGCAGUCCGCGAUGCGUGACAAACAGCAAAGGCAAGAAGAGGUGGGCGGGCAGCAGGAAUCUCUCGAUAGCCCUCCGGUGUUCCGAUGUGCUCUUCGUGAACUUCGUUAGCAGAUGCCUCGAGUGGGAUCCAAAGAAGCGUAUGACCCCCGACGAGGCGAUGCGUCACGAGUGGCUGAACUCGUCAUCCUCCCACGUGAGCUCCUCCUCGUCAGCGAUAGCCUCGUCGACGGUGAACGCGAGCGCGAACACGACGACGACAAGCGGCGUCGAGACGUCACAGUCGGCGCACGCGCAGACGGUGAGCGUGACGGUGAGCGCGCCGCGGCAGCGAGCCACGACGAUGGAGGAUCCGCCUUACACCAUGUACCGGCUGUACAAGGGUCGCAAGUAUGUCCAGAAGAUCUCCACGACGUCGGGCGACAGCACCGACAACGGCGGCGGCGGUGGCGGUGGCCUCGUGGUGAAGAGCAAGCUGAACGGCAGCGCCAGCAGCCACGCGUUAGCGAGCAGCACGCAGACGGCGACGUCGAGGCACGCGUCGACCGGCGACAUCGUCGCGAGCCUCGACCCGAAUCUCGACGACUCAGGCACGUUCCUGCCGCCGAUAUUGUGAAGUCGGGUCUGUGCCAGCCACUUCUAAACGCACUCUCCCCAUCUCACGCGCGCGCACCCUCUUGGCGCGAUCGGGCUCGCUCUUGCGCCUUGUCGUUCCUCCGUUCCUCGACUCGUUCUCACGUUCUUCCUCCAGAUCCAAUCGCGAGGAUCGCGAUCGUCGUGAGCGAUGGGGACGGCGACGUACGCGUCGAUGUCGUUGCAACGCGUUAUCGCUCAAGAGAUAGAUAGGUGUACAGAGAGAGAGAGAGAGAGAGAGAGAAAGAGAAAAAGAGAGAUGCUUCUCCGGUGUGUGAGACGGAGAUCCGAGUCGGAUCGAGCUCACACUGAUCGACGAUCUCGCGCGAAACCGCGAGCACGUGACACCCCGUGUUCCAUGCGCGAGUCGAGGGCGAGUGCAAUCGCACAGACCGGCGCGUGUAGAACUGGCUGGCCGGCCCGACGACGUUAACUAUUCCCGAUGCCAAACGACUAGACAGACACACAGAUCGAGAGAGAGAGAGAGAGAGAGAGAGAGAGAGUCGCUAGUCUCGGGCAUAUGCAUCUAGCUAUGAGGCCAAAACGAUCUGACGACGGUAGAGGAGCGUGGCGGGCGUGCCGGAUGAAUGAAGAAGAAAACAGGGGCGAUUGCGGCGAGGUCGAAUUCGUGCGCUCUCGGGGACUCUGGCGAUCCGAUGUCACUCAGGUAAUCGUAAAAAAACGCGCAUUAUCGUAGUUACUCGCAGACAAUGUUUAGAUACGCCGCCUCCAUACGGCGAGGGUCAUUAGUAAAUCAUCAAAUAUAUAUAUCGAUCAUCCGUCACGGGCCAUCAUCGUAUCAUUGAUCUGGUCCCGGGUCUGUGUUUAUCCCGAAAUCACGCGCGAAGCGUGCGACGUUCACGCUGACGGAAUCUCGGUCGUAGGAUGUGUCGAAAAUCACAAUCGAAAGUUCCGUACGACAAGGCAAGCUCGCGUCGAGGGACCGUCGACGAGCCGCCGCGCGACGAGAGCGACUGCUCGUUCCUCAGGCGGUCGAAGCGAGACGACGGUUGUGAAAUUCUCCCGCGCGCGAGUGUACGCAUUCAGAAGGUAUACCAUUAUGAUGAGCGCGCGACAGAGCGCGCUCUUUGAGGGCCGCCCGCGCGUCCACCGCGCGAUUCCAACGACGCGCGCCGAUGAACGGCGCGAGUCGCGCAGAGAGGAAGUACGCGAACGCGAGUCCGACGCGCCGUCAACGGUCAAACAACGAUUCUUCCCCGACGUGUGUGUGAGUGUGGCUGCGUGUGUAUAUGUGUACGCGUAUGUGAUUCGGGGGUUACCGUCAAAUUACGGUCGCGCCGAGAAGACCUGAGUUAUCGUGCGAAAGAGAGAGAGAGAGAGAGAGAGACCACCGCCAGCAGCAUCACGCGACCAAGCGCGGGGUCGCGGUUUAAUAACGAAGCGUCAAGGCGAGUGGAGUAACAUUAAUACGAAGCGUGCCCCAGUUUUAACGAGGCCUGAGUAGUCUUAUUGUGAUAUUAAACUACCACUGUCUUACUUAGAUCUCUGAUAUUAAGAAGAUAACGAUCGCUAAUGAUUUCAAUUUACUAUUAAUCAUUAUUUUCUUAUAUGUGUAACGCUAUAUCGCUACUAUUACUAUCGCGAGGAAAUACGUAGCCGAAUAUAAUGAGGGUUAUUCGUCAAUAAUAUUACAGAGAGAGAGAGAGAGAGAGAGAGAGAUAGCAGAGAGCAGAGAAAGAGAGAGAGAGAGUUAACGUUAUUAUUACUACAUGGUAGGUAACGUGUACAGAUUUUGAUUACGCGUCUUCGAGAUAUCCGGGAGCGGCAUGCUAUAUAUAUACAACACACACACACACACACACACACACACAACACACAUUUAUAUAUAUAUAUAUUUGCUUGCUACAUACGAAUAUAUAAGAGAGAAGAAAAGAAAACGCCCUCCUCCCCAUGCGAUGAUUUUGCAAGAAUGAUUUCCUACACGCCGUUAUAUAUAUCAUUACCGUCGUUUACGUACCUCCAUUGUGUCACUCGAUCGUCCGCCGCGACGCGUAACGCGCACGUCUCAUCGCGUCGGAAUAACAACAAUUAACAGUGAUUAACCACCGCCCUUCUCCGAGACUCUCCGCCGCCGCAGCAGCAGCAGCAGCUUCGCUUUUGUACUCGCGCGCAUGCACGCGAAUUUACUCAUAGCUGUACCCGGGAUUAAUUAGCGAUUUUCGAUGCGCCCUUUCGGACAACACUCUUCGUCGAGCACUUCGCGAUAUAUGCAGAGGAUUUGACUAAAGAAACGAAAUAGAAAAAAAAGCAGAAAAGGAAAAGGUGAAAAAAAAAAGAAGAAGCAGAAAUAACGUGUAUAGCAUUAAGCGUUUUAGGCUACUACUUUUAGACGUGGUAAUUGUUCGAUGUGCCCGUACCCAUUCUAAAGUUUCGCGAGGGAACGAACGUAGAGAGAGAGAGAUAGAGAGAGAGAGAGAGAGAAAGGGGGGGGGACGGCCUCGCGAGAGCUCGCAAAUUAUAUAUCAUUUGUACAUAACGUUAGAAACGUGAGAUGAGUCCCGCUCCUGUUCGCUGCUUUUCGAGCUUCCACCUCGGAACCGAUAUCUUCCGUUUUUUCGCAUGCUUCUUCACGAAAGUCUCAUCUUUACGAGGAAAUCGUACGCAACACUAUAUA